GUGUGAAUGAGAGAGACUCUCUGCAGUAUUUAGUGUCCAGUUGUACUGGCUCCGAAGAACAGCAGCAUCGCAAUGCCCCCUCCUGCUGAUAUAGUGAAGGUGGCGAUCGAAUGGCCAGGUGCCUUCCCCAAGUUAAUGGAAAUAGAUCAAAAAAAGCCACUGUCCUCAAUAAUAAAAGAAGUCUGCGAUGGGUGGUCUCUUGCAAAUCAUGAUCAGUUUGCACUGCAGCAUGCUGAUAGCUCUAAUUUCUACAUCACAGAGAAGAAUCGUAAUGAAAUAAAAAAUGGAGCGAUCCUUCGAUUAACAACAUCUCCAGCUCAAAAUGCACAGCAGCUCCAUGAGAGGAUCCAGUCUUCUAGUAUGGAUGCAAAGUUAGAAGCACUGAAAGACUUAGCCAACUACUCACGAGAUGUUACAUUUGCCCAAGAAUUUAUAAACCUAGAUGGCAUUUCCCUCCUAACACAAAUGGUUGAAAGCGGCACAGAACGAUAUCAGAAAUUGCAGAAGAUAAUGAAGCCCUGCUUUGGAGAUAUGUUGUCCUUUACACUGACUGCAUUUGUUGAGCUGAUGGAUCAUGGGAUUGUAUCGUGGGAUACAUUCUCUGUGGCAUUCAUUAAAAAGAUAGCAAGCUAUGUGAACAAAUUUGCCUCGGACAUCUCUAUCUUGCAACGGUCACUAGCAAUCCUGGAAUCGAUGGUGCUGAAUAGCCACGACCUGUACCAGAAGGUGGCCCAGGAGAUCACAAUUGGGCAGCUGAUCCCACAUUUGCAGGG